AGUGGCGGCGAGCGGGAGCGGAUUCGACAGCGCAUGAAGAUGGUCAUCGGGCAGCUUGAGGGCAUCCUGCGGGAGCUCAAGGAGGUAGCCAAGGAGCUGAGGGAGGCUCCCCAGUACUCCAGGAUACCAGGCUAAUCCCUGCAGGGUCUCUCUGCCCCAGCCCCUCACAGCCCGUGGGUCUUAGGAUGCAGCACAGCCGGCGGCAAAGAGCUAGGGCUCUGGUCCAAACCCUUGCUCUGCCCCUUCUUAGCUGUGUGCACUCGGCAAAGUGACUUUACCUCUCUGUGUUUCUGUCUCCUCAUCUGUAAAAUGAGGAAAAUACAUUUAAACUCUCUCCCUGCCCCUGGGUUGUUGUGAGAAUUAAAUGAGAUGUUGUUGCUAGUUGCCUUCGCGUUGAUUCCGACUUAUGGCGACCUCACCUGUGUGGCGUGCUCCACAGGGUCUUCAAGGCUGUGACUUUUCAGAAGCAGAUCGCUUGGCCUGUCUCUCAAGAAGCCUCUGGGUGGGUUCGAUCUGCCAACUUUUCAGCUAGUAGUCGAAUGCUUAACCUAAUUUGUGCCACCUGGGGACUAUUAAAUGAGAUAUUAUAUGUAAAAUACUUAGCACAGUAAUGGAGCACAAUACCAGUACCCAGUACCCAGUGCCGUCAAGUUGAUUCUGAAUCAUAGCGACCCUAUAUUGGAGAUCCCAUUCCUCUCCCUCUCACUGUCACUCUGUAUCCCCUUUCUGUGCAGGUAGGGGUGAGUAUGGAGCACAAUAAGUCAGCUCCGUAUCUGGUAGAUAUUAUUAAUGAAUUAUUCUAGCACUGGCCUGCUCCGCUACUCCAUGUCUAGCCAUGCUUUCUGGAGUCACAUCAGCUUCUUAGCCGUGAUCAGGAAGGCCAGGACCAGGAACCUGACCUCCUAGCUGGCUGGGGCUCUUUAAUUUCUCUUGGAGUAGGUGGUCCCACCCCUACCUGCAGAAAAAGGGGACAGAGAGUGACAAUGACAGGGAUAGGAAUGGGAUCUCCAAUAAACUGGCUUUUGAACAGAGGCUCAAAGGAAGUGAGGGAACAAGCCAAAUGGAUAUCUAGAGGAAGAGCAUCCCAGGCAGUGGGGACAACCAGUGCAAAGGUCUUGAGGUGGCCCUGGGCUUGACAUGUUCAAGAACCGCAAGGAAGCCAGUGCAGCUGGAGUGGGUGAACAAGGAGGAGGAAAGCAGGAGAAGAGGUCAGGAAGGGAGCCAGGAGCCGGGUCACAUAGCGGCCGUGGUGUGGAAUUUGGAUUUUGUUAUGAGUGAGAAUUUCAUACUCUAUCCAGGAGUCUCUUGCAUGUGCUGUUGGGGUGCCAUCAAGUCAGUUUCCAUUCAUAGUGACCCCAUGUGAGAGAAGAGUGUUUUCAAGGCUGUAAUCUUUACAGAGGAGCAGAUUGUCAAAUCUUUCUUCCAUGGAGCUGCUGGGUGGGUUCGAACCGCCAGCCUUUCAGUUAGGAGCCAAUCGCUUAAUCAUUGAGCCACCAGGGUUCCUUCAUGUUUAUAUUACUAGGUGAGAAUCUGCCUCCCGUUGUCCCAUUUCCCACCAUCCCAGGUCAAGGGCCCUCUUCUUGGCUUCCAGAUGUUGAGCUUCGCUUGAGCAGGUACUUGGCCUCCUCGUCCUUGGCCUUGCCCUCCCCAAGAUGUCACUCAGGAUGGGCUGGGUGCAUGGUCCUUGAGUUGAACACCUAUACCCACCCCUAUCUCUGGCUCUGAGCCAGGGCAUUACUUAAGGGCACAGUUGUCCACCUUGGCCCUAGCCCCUCAGGGAGGUGAAGAGGCAGGCACCAGCCUUCCCCAGCUGAGAUGGCAGUUGCCCACCUUGGCCCUAGCCCCUCAGGGAGGUGAAGAGGCAGGCAUGAGCCUUCCCUAGCUGAGAUGGCAGUGGAGGAUCCCCAGCUGGUUUUCCCCAGAAGCAGAAGAGGCAGCUUGUUCUCUGGCCACCCAAUUGUGCAGUCCCUUCGGCAAGGUGCUGCAGACGAAGGUGGCAGGAAAGCUAUAGGCCAGGCGGGCGUGAGAUGAAUGUGGCCCGGCCAGGCAGCAGCUAGAGCAGUGGAGGCUGGGGACCACGGUGCCUGUGCCAAACUGGGUCAGCUCCGUCACCCGCAGCUCAGCAAGAGUCGCGCGGAGUUUUUCUUUUUUUUUCUCGCCUUUCCAUUCCUCCCUUUUCCCUCUGCUUUCUCCUCUGAACAGACUCACUGCUGCUCCCUGGCCAAUUAGGCCAAGUUGCAUGAAGAGAGUAGUAAAUCACGGUCAGCUCACCUACCUCUCCCCAGUGCCAGCCCCCCACCCCCAGAAAGAUAAUAAAUAACGUAAUCACGGAAUUAAAAAAAUAAUUAGUGGUCCUAAAUAAUGCAGAAUCCCCAGUUAUGUAACUGGCUGCCUGGGGAGCUGGGCUGGAGGGGAGGAGAUAGCAGCUUGUCAGGCGAGGUGAGGGGGUCGGAGGUGAGGACAGGGGGAAGAAGCUGGUCCUGGGACUCCGGGGGCCCCAGACCUGGCUCUUGAGCCUUAAGGAAUACAGAGGCGCUUUCCUCAGGAAGGGGACUCAGCCAGAGCGGGGGGGAGGGGAAGGGGCUGGGCAGUAUUAGGGUGUUCAAGACUGUGGACGCAGAAAAGAAGGCCCUGGUGGCUUUUAAUCAAUCCUUCUGUCUCAGCUCAUCCAUUCAUCCUACAACUGAAUUUACAAAGAGUUGCCAAGCUCUCUGCCAGGCUGGGGCCCCGGUCGUGGGGCCUGCUGUCUAGUGGGGAGAUCAUUACACGUGUUGUCAUUAGGUGCUGUUGAGUUGAUUUCAACUCAUAGCAAUCCCAUAUGGACAGACUAGGACUGCCCCAUAGGGUUUCCUAGGCUGUAAUCUUUACAGAGGAGCCCUGGUGGUGCAGUGGGUAAGCGUUCAGCGGCUAACCAAAAGGUUGGCAUUUCGAACCCAGCAGCCACUCCUUGGAAACCCUAUGGGGCAGUUCUCCUCUGUCCUGUAGGGUUGCUAUGAGUCAGAAUCAACUCGACAGCAACAGGUGUGGUUUUUUGGGUUUAAUAUUUAUGGAAGUGGACCACCAGGUCUUUCUCCUGUGGAGCCAUUGGGUGAGUUCGAACCUCCAACCUUUCAGUUAGCAGCUUAGUAAUUAACCAUUACACUACCAGGGCUCCAUAUCAUUACACAUAUGGAUGUAGCAGUGAUAAGAGGUGCUUAAGGAGAGGUGCAGAGUGCUUUAAGAGUCUUUCAUAGAGUAUGUGACCUUGACUGGGGGUCAGGGAAGGCUUCUCUGAGGAAGUGAUGAUGGAAUGACUUGCAAAGGAAGGAGGGCCCUCCAGGUGAGGCCCAGGGGCAGAAGUGAGCAGGGAGUGUGUGGGGUGGUGAGGAGGUGGGCCUCGCAGCAGGGAGGCCCCUAGCUGGAGAGGAAAGGACCUGUGGCCAGAUUUGUUGUUCGGUUGUGUUUGGGGAGCAGAGAAGGGCUGGAACCAGAGGGGUGACAUGAUCCUGAUUAGAAAGUUCCCUGGAUGCAGGUUAGAGCAGGACCCACACAGGAAGCUAUCAGCAAUGGGAAGACCAGACGGUUCAGUGUUCAGGUGAGCAAGGCUAAGGCCAUGACCAGGACAGAGGGCAGGGAUGCCCCUGGGGACAGGGCCUGGGAUCCCCAGCAGGUUCUGUCAUUGCCCUCAGCCCUGCCCUUCCUCUCUAGUGCCCCCUCUUGCCCCCUCCAGGGCAGAUGAUCCUUGGUCUUAAGGGGCCAGGCCCAGGAGUCAGGAUUCUGGUCUCAGUUCAGCCCCUUCCAGUCUCUGGGCCUCAGCUUCCCCAUCAACAAGAAUAAUGAGAAGGAUGAACUCAAUCAACAGUGUCUCCAGUCCCUUCUACUUCCAGGUGGUGAGCCAGAUCGAUAAGCUGACCUCAGACUUCGACUUUGAACUGGAGCCAGAUGACUGGACCACAGCCACUGUGAGCAGCACCUCCAGCAGCGACAAGGCGGGUGUGGGUGGCCCUUUUGACCUGGGCCACCUGGACUUCAUGACAGCUGACAUACUCUCAGACAGCUGGGAGUUCUGCUCCUUCCUGGACAUGUCCACCCCCUCAGACUCUGUGGACUGUCCUGAGCUGGCCCGGCCAGUUGCUGGCCCUGACUACCGGCUCAUGAACGGUGGCAUGCCCAUUCCCAAUGGGCCGCAGGUAGAGACCCCAGACUCUUCCAGCGAGGAGGCUUUCAGCGCUGGCCCCGCCAAAGGCCAGCUGCCCCAGCGGACCCCGGAGCUGCCCCAGCGGACUCCGGGCACGCGGGAGAGGGUGCGGUUCAGUGACAAAGUGCUGUACCACGCACUGUGCUGUGAUGAUGAGGAGGGGGAUGGCGAGGAGGAGGCAGAGGAAGCGGAGGUGGGCCUGCCCCCCGAGCCCCCCCGCACAGAGGCCCUCACAGGCCCCCUCAAGCCCUCCCCAGCUCCCCCCAAGCCAAGGCGCUCUCCACUGACCAGCCACCGUUCAGGCCCCACCUUGGCCCCUGAGCAGACCCGGAGGGUCACACGGAACAGCAGCACCCAGACGGUGUCAGACAAGAGCACGCAAACGGUGCUGCCCUACACGGCCACCAGACAGAAAGCCAGAGGGAAAAACUAGGGGCCAGGGAGGGGCAGGGGGCAGUGGGCACAUAGAGCUAUAAAUAUAUAUAUAUUUAAACAAACACAGGCAUAAUAAAAUUGAAAAAUGCUAAGGAUCCGGCCCCGCAGACCCCAAGGCUGUCACAAAGCUCAUCUUGGACACAAGCGAUGCCCACUCACCUCCUAGGUUCCAGGAGGUGUGGCCAGAACCACCACUGCUUCUCAUUAGAGGGCUCCUAAAGGGGGUCCGGAAGCUCUGGUGGCGUAGUGGUUAAGAGCUAUGGCUGCUGACCAGAAGGUCAGCAGUUCAAAUCCACUAGACACUCCUUGGAAACCCUAUGGGGCAGUUCUACUCUGUUCUUUAGGGUUGCUAUGAGUCAAAAUUGACUCGACCAUGACAGGUUUGGCUUUUUUUGGUUUUUUGAAGGGGGUCUGUGAAAGUAUGUGAAUUACCAGGAUGGGGGAUGGAAUUGUUGAUGUGGGGGCCACUUCUCUGGGGGGUCCUGAGGCCAAGCCUCCCACUGGGGGACUGAGGUAGGGUAGUCUGGAGCUCCUCUUCCAGGGUAGAGCCCUGUGGUGGAGUCGGGCUGCUGGCCUGGGCUGUGUCCCAGAGGGGCUCUUUAGGUGGAGGUCUGCUCUGAAGGGGGCAAUCUCAAGUCCAGGGUAAUAGUGUGGACUGGAGGAGACUGUAGGACUGAACUGGGGGCAGUAUCAGUCUGGCUGGGCCCAUGAUCAUCUGCACCCUCAUGCCCUCUUUCCAAGGCAGACAGACAUGCUAGAUGUACCCACCCCGUCCACAUCCCUUCUAUCUCGGGGCUGCCUGGGACACAGAGGGAGGGCAAGCUGCUCCCAUGGGCAGGCUCCACAGACCAUGGAGGAUCCACCUGGACCACCUUCAAUCCUCUCAGCUCCUAUGCUGAGUCUGGUCCAUACUCCUCUAGGGAUCAAAGACUCAGGCAGAGCCUCAGCCAGCCCCUGACUUGGCCCUGAGCUGACCUGAGAUCAACAUGAGAAAGCAGGCAGCGGCCACCAUGGGGCUGUGAGCAAGGCCCACAACAGGCUUCUGGCCAUUUACACCAGGCAGCCUGCAGAGGAAUCUAGUGCCCCACUCCACCCCUUCUUCUCCACACCUGGGCCCUGAGCCUACCUUAGCAGGUCUUGAAUGACACCAGCGGAGACCAGGUAUGAGCCCAGAGGCACCGGGGCUCCAUCUGGAGCAUGACCUGCAUGAGGACAGCAUGUGAAUAUCCUUGGGAUAAUAGUCACAACUGUGCCAUACUUUUAUUAAGCAGGUCUCUAUGUCAGUACUAUACUGGGUAAUUUUUAUAGCAUUAUCUUAUCUUUGUUGUGUGCUGUUAAGUCCAUUCUGACACAUAGCAGCCCUAUAGGACAGAGUAGAACUUCCCCAUAGGCUUCCUGGGCUGUAAAUCUUUACGGGAGGAGAUCAUCAGCUCUUUUCUCCCGUGGUGCGGCUGGUGGGUUCAAAACAUCAAGCUUUCAUUAGCAGCCAAGCACGAAAAACCAAAACCAAACCUGUUGCCGUUGAGUCACUUCUGACUCGUAGAACUGCCCUACAGGGUUUCCAAGAAGCAGCUGGUGGAUUAUAACUGCCAACCUUUUGGUUAGCAGCCAGGCUCUUAACCACUGUACCACCAACGUCUCCUUUAAUUCUGGAAGCAGGGGGGCAAGUCCUGACUGGCUCUGCUAUAUAGUGGCUGUGUGACCUUGGGAAAGCCAGUUCACCUCUCUGAGCCUUAUCUACCUCAUCUAUAAAAUGGUCCUAUGGUCUUCACCUACCUUACAGGCCAUUGUGGGGCUCCAAUAAGAUGGUGGAGACGAAAGCACGUGAUAAACUUGAAGGUAUCGAACAUGUAUUGUGACCAGUGUGGCCCUGGCCCAGCUUUCUGGUGAUUUCUAGGGCAGGGGGCUCUGAGUGGGAUGGGGAAAGAGCCCUCUGCUAUCUGACUGGGAGCUGCCCCUGGGUCACACACACUGCUUUGCUUUGUCUCCCACAGCAGCUCGAGGUCAGGAGAUGGUUUCGGCCUGAUGCACUGGCCCACCUUGGAGGGCUCCCAGAGUUAUAUUUCAAUUCAGCCAGAUUUACAGCCCGCCAGGUCCUUUGGGAGGGGUUUCUGCUCCUCACGUGGGGUUACCAAAAAGCCUGACCAGCAGGCCUGGCAGUACCCACUGCUCCUGCCUGAGGGGCCAGAGGAGGGGCUGUCCAGCCCUACCCGUGAGGAGACUGGUCUGGAGUGGAUACCAGGGACACCAUCAGGACAAGAUUGGGGAAGCUUCAGAUGCGUAUUCUGCAGUGGGAGAACUCUCCUCAGCCCAUGGUGAGGUCGGAGCCCUAAAGAGCUAACUGGGUGCAGCCACCACAGUGGAAAAUGGGUGGGCCGUGGCUACUUCUCCCCAGCCCAGGUCUGAGAGCAGGGAGGUCCCAGUCCCUCUAUCAGACAUCAAUCGCCUGAGGCCUAUCACCAAUAGGACCUUCAUUCAGGAGGUCCCCGAGGGGGGCAGCUGGGGCUGAAAUGGGGGCAGUCCCCACCCAGGUGUAGGCACACCUAGUUCUGAGGAAGACAUCUACUAUAGUCCUACCUCUCAGAAAACAACCAGGUGGUUUUAGACCUAUAGUCUCUCAUAUUUACAACAGUCAGGGAAAAGAGACCAGCAGAAUAGUCCAAAUGAGACUUCCCACAGAGGAAGAAAGAGGCACACAGCCAGGGAGCUCUGAGAGAGCCCUGGGAAGGAGCUGUCCACUCCUGGGAGAUCCUCCACCCACCUGGCUGUAUGAGAUUGUAUAUGGCUGUGGCUAAUGCCCAUCAACGGUUCCCUGACCCACCCCAUGGCUACGUGCCCCAAAUGGGGCCAUGGUACAAGGGUGUCCUGGAAAAGGGGGCAGUGGGUUUUGAUAUGGGUACAAAUUCUGGAAGGAGUCUGAGUGGUGCGAACGGUUAAGGUGCUUGACUGCUAACUGAAAGGUUGGAGGUUUGAGUCCACCCCGAGGUGUCUCAAAAGGCCUAUCGAUCUCCUGAAAAAUCAGCCCUCGGAAAUACACUUCUACUGUGACACACAUGGGGUCACCAUGAGUCAGAGUCAACCUGACGGCAACAGGUCUUUAGUUAUUUACACUGUAUAAAACCCAUUGCUGUCAAGUCAAUUCUGACUCAUAGCAACCUAUAGGACAGGGUAGAAUUGCCCCUUAGGGUUUCCAAGGCUGAAAUCUUUAUGGAAACAUGCUGCCACAUUUUUCUCCCACAGAGCUGCCGGUGGGCUCAAACUGCUGACCUUUUGGUUAGCAGCUGAGCGCUUAACCACAGUGCCACCCUGGCUCCUUUUACACUACAUAAAAAAACACCACAUAAAAGCUACUAUUUAUAGAAUACGGAAUAUCUCCUAUGUGCUGUGUUAGGCAUGUCACAUAAAUUAUCUCACCCUCCAGAGUAACUGUGACUAUCACCAUUUUACAAAUGAGAAAACUGAGACCCAGAGAGGUUUAGUGCCCAGCCCAAGAUAGCCCAGCUCACAAGUGGCAGAAAUGGGAAAUGAAUCUAGACUUCACCACGCUGCCCAUACUCCUAGCUCCGAAAGACCUGGAGCCCCUGCAAGUAGAGCUGUUUCCAGGGCACAGACUUCUCCCAGUAGAGCUGUCCCUGAACCUGGAUGAGCCAGGCCAGCAACGCUCACUGAGUUGAGCCUGCCUCUCCCUCAUGCAGUCUGCCACCUACCCCUGGGAGCAUUAGUCCAGGCUCCCAGCGCCCACCCCCUGGUUUCCCUGGGGCACUGACCGGGGGACCAGCAGAAACACAGCUCCAGGUUCCAAGUGUCCUGUCCCCCUUCUCAUCUCUCUGGCAGAGCCAGGAAGACUGGCCUCCCCUCAGCCGAAUAAUGCCCAGGCUUCUUCUGGUCUGGGCUUAACUGGACCUAUUUGGGGGUUGGAGUAUCUGUGAAAAGCUCCUGGUAGAAGGAGGGAUUUGGAAUGGAGUAGAACUUGGGCACUAGAAGUGGGAAUAAGGAGCAUUUCUGGCUGGUGGAACUUUGUGAACAAAGGCAGUAGAGAGAGGCCCUGCUAAAGUGGAGAGUGCACGUUGGUCUGUAAUGGGAAAGGUCAGCACACCUUCAGCAAGGGACUUUAGAGGCCCCAGAGCCCCACCCCCCACAGCCACACUGUCCUUUUGACCUUGGAAGGAUUGACUUCCUGACUAGCCCAAGACUGGGAGAGCAGAUUUAAGAUAGCUCAGUAACAUGUAAUCCAAUAGAGACCUUCUGAUAGGAACGCACUUUAAUGAAUAGAUAAGAACAGCACGUAAUUAGCACAUUGGCAAGUAAAAUGGAUAUGCUAAAGCCUUUGAAAAUAAUUUCAUCUCAUAAAUAGGUUAAAUAUCCCUCCUAGUGUGCAUUCUUGGUGAGCCUUUCUUUCCCCCACGGGGCAGGCGGGUGGGAUGCUGGGGCACGUCCUCCUGGUUGGUUACACUUGAGCUAGCUGGGAUCCUGAUGAGACCUGACUCUGCCCACCUGCCUCCCCUGAACCCCGACUACAGAGAGGAACACAGCUGCCAAUUCCACCCACCACUCCUUACCCUAUCUGCCUCCCCCCUGCCAAGUCAGCAAAGGAGAGCGAGGGGUCUUGGAGGGUGACCUCAGGAGAUGGUGUCCACAGCCUAGGCCUUGUGCCUGAUCAGAUCUGACUCCCUGCCAGGAACACUCAGGCUCACACACCUGCCUGCGGCUCUCAGGUUCCUGUUCAGGCUGCUCCCUCGCCUCCUGUCCCUGCUGGGAGGUGCAGAGCUUAGGUGCUUCCUGCUGCUGCCAGCAAAGACGUGGUGCAGAUCCUCCCGUGUCCUUCCACAGAAACCCAGUCUCCAGGUCCUAGCUUGCCUGCUGUUCACUUUGCCCCACCCACCCUCCACCCCCAAGAAAGCAGGGUGAGAUGGGAUGGGGAGUCACUUCAAGGCACAGCCUGUGAGGAACUGUGGAAAGAGGCCGAGGCGGGGGGCCCUGGCUUUUGCAGGGUUUUCUUGACUCAUCCUGACCAGUGGUAGGGACUUCCCAGGAGACACCAGUAAGGGUAGGGAACUUUUCCGGAGCCAAAGACUAGACUGAUUAUGGUAGGCUUCCCAAAGAUGGCAGCAAUGGCACGGGCUGCUAUGGAGAGGUGGGAAGGGGUAGUGACCCAGGAGUGCCAGGAGAGGGACAGAACCCUGGCGUCUGCUUAUAGCCAGCAAUCUUGGCGCUCUCUCUCCCCUUUUGCCCUUGAGACUGAGCACUCCGCAGGGGACAAUGCUGGGGGAGGCACAUUCACCUCAGAGACCCAGGGAAGCAUGAAGGGUUAAAACUGGAAAACCAACCAAUGAGCAAAGAGUGAUGAGUGCAGGGCUUGGCAGGCAAUGGGCUGAGGGUGGUCAGUCCCCAGCCCUCUGCCCAGUCCCCAGUUCCCUGGCUCUAAGCCUGGUAUAGGCAAGAGGAGAGCUUCUUUCAGGGUGGGCUCCCCUAUCAUGGGGUCCAGCCUUGCCCACUCACCCUACGGGUCUCACUAGGGCUCCUGCCUUCCUCAAAGGAACACCUGAUGCAGGGCCUUUCCCUCUGGCUUCCUAACAGAAGAGGUCCUGUCUUUAGCUCUCACGUGGAGGCCGGGAUUGGUGUCUGGGAAGCUGCAGACUGAUGGUCCUGCUGCCCCAGGGGGGUGCUCUGAGAACUUUUCUAGUGCAGAGACCCAGCCCGCCCCCCACCUCCAGCCAAGCUGACCCUACUCAACCCUCAAUUCGCUUGAGAGGUAUUUCUUCUCCUCUCAUCCAGAGGUUUGCAAAUUGGUGGACUGCACACCUGUUUCGAUUCCCACGCACAGUGUUCAAAAAAAAAUUAUAUUUUACAUCAAAAUCCAGACUUCAGGUUUUUGGGAAAAAUCAGUGACUGACAACAUUGGACUGGUAUUUCCACAAGACCACCGUCAGCUGGGGAUGAGCAGCAGGAACCCUGUAGUGUGGUGGACACUCACCAGCUCCUCCCCUUCCAGAUGCCCGAUUGGUUUUCCCUCAUUUCCAUUGGCACCUGCGGCCGUUGGUUGUUGUUGUUGUUUGCCAUCAAGUUGAUUCCAAAUGUGCAGAGUAGAACUGCUCCAUAGGAUUUUCAAGGCUGUGACCUUUCAGAAGCAGAUCACCAGGCCAUACUCCCAAGGCACUUCUAGGUGGAUUUGAACCCCCAGCCUUUGGGUUAGUAGAUGAGCACUUAACCAUUUGUUCCACCCAGGGACUCCUUCUGCAGGUAUAUGAGUCUGUGACUCCUCUGCUGACCCAACUUGCCCCAAAUUCACCUUUUAUCACGUCAUCCCACCCUUCCUCCAACUCAUAGCGACCCUAUAGGACAGGACAAAAUUGCCCUGUAGGGUUUCCAAGGCUGUAAUCUUUAUGGAAGUAGACUGCCACAUCUUUCUCCCAUGGAGUGGCUGGUGGACUUGAACCACCGAUAUUUAGGUGAGCAGUCAAGUACUUAACCACUGCAACACCAGGGUUCUUUUUUCUGCCUGUCGUUGUUGUUAGGUGCCAUCGAGUAGGUUCCAACUCUUCGCGAGCCUACAUACAACAGAACAAAACACUGCCUGGUCCUGCACCAUCCUCACAAUCGUUGCUAUGUUUGAGUCCAUUGCUGCAGCCACUGUGUCAGCUCAUCUUGUCGAGGGUCUUCCUCUUUUUCGCUGACCCUCCACUUUACCAAGCAUGAUGUCCUUCUCCAAGGACUGGUCCCUCCUGAUAACAUGUCCAAAGUACAUGAGAUGAAGUCUCGCCGUCUUUACUUCCAAGGAGCUCUCUGGCUGUACUUCUUCCAAGACAGACUUGAUCGUUCUUCUGCCCCUAGAAAUCCCCAAAACCUGUUUCUGUUGAGUCAAUUCCAACUCAUAGCAACCCUACCUUUGGUCCUGGUUCAUCUUCAAUACUGCAUUGAGAUUUCCUUUCGUCCUAUGGCUGUGCCCUCCAGCAGAUUGCAAGCUCCUUGAGGGCAGGGACACUUGCUGUGCUCCCAGGAGCUGACACAGGGCUUGGCACAUAGUAGGUCCUCCAUGAGUGCACAUUGAAUGAAUCUGUCUCUCUCCCCUGCUGAAGCCCUCCAUAGCCCUCCUUUGCCUGCAGGGCCUAAUCCCUCUCCAGACCUGGGGUGGGGGGCCAUGACUCCUGAAGUCUUCCUGAAAUGGAGGGGAUGUGAUUCUGGGUCUUGGAGGAGUGAUGGGAUAAGAAGGGUACAACUGCUCCUGAUCCUUGAGGUGUCCAAUCUCUACUGGAAGUUCCAAAGUACUCGCCCAAUUGUGCUUUGCUUUGUUUUUUAAUUUAGAGCAUUCAGCAGGGCUGAGGGAGGAUUUCACACUUUUUAAUAAAACAUCUUCAAAUCAAAUGAUCCUUGUAGCUACUCUAUCAAUCCGCUGGUGCUCUGGUAAUAGGGAUAACUCACUCAUCUAGUAACUGCCACUGUUCAAGUGUUAGAUGUGAGCUUAUGAGAUGUCAGCUAAGUGAGUUUUUGGUUAAUCAAGUGCCUUUGUCCCAUAAGGUUGGUACAUUCUGAAGGCCCAGUGGAGCUUCAGACACUAGGGCCUAGUUAAAACCAUUGGCAUCCUCACAUCCCGCACCGCUGGUAGCCUUGGAAGGCUGCCCUAGAUGCUCCUCCAGGACUCCCUGCUGACAAGCUCUGUACCCUCUGCCCCCUCUGUCUCACCCCAGCCCUGCUAGGACUUUCCUCACUGAGGGAAC